UAGCAAGAGUAGAAGAGCGUAGGGAGUCUGACCAAAAGUAAAGAGGUAGAAGAAGAGCAGAGCAGAGAGAAUGGAGGAAGAAGAGGAAAUGGAUUCUCUGUUCGAGGGCAUGGUGUUGUUCGACCCCACUUCCAAUUCCAGUUCCGACUCACACCAUCCUCCUCCUCCUCAGCAGAAUCAGGACAACGCCCAAGAUCCCAAACUUGAAAUUGAAGCUCCGCCAUCAUCAUCAUCAUCUGAACCCCUCGACGAGAACCUCUUCUCCGACCUCACUGUCCAAUUCCAAACCCCACCACCACCACUAGACCAAGACCAAGAAGAUCCGAUCAAAACCACAUCCAGACAGAAUUCGAGUUCCCGGAAGAAAAAAAGAGCCGCCGGAUUAAGAAUCGGUUACGCCAGAGAUGCCAACGCUCACUCUCACGAUCGCUCUCUCUCUUUCGACGCCGAUGACGUCAUCAUCGCCGACGGAACCGAUUCGCUUCCCGAACCCAGCCCUUCUUCUGUAUCAGUAUCAGUACCAGUCCAAUCCCAACCCGAACCCGAACCCGAAGUCGAAAACGAACCCGAACCCGAAGUUGAACCCAAAGCCGACGAAGCUGAAGCGACUCCGGAGCUCCGGUUGGAUCAAAGCAAGGCCUUGAUCGCGGAGAAGCUGAGCAGUGCUCGUCAGUUGGCGGCGUCUGUUUCCUCCGCCAGGAAGGACGCAAUUGCGAGGAGGAGGACGGCGGCUGACAAUCUCAAUCUGGCUUCUGGCGAUUACGCCAGUCUAGAGAAGCAGCUGGAAGAGGCCUGCGAGGCAGAGGAUUUCGAGACGGCCGAAAGGCUUAGUGACAGCCUUGCUGCUGCUCAGGAGAAGAGGCAGGCUCUGUUGGCCGCACUCAGAGAUGCUGAGGCUGAAUGUGAUGCUGUCGACUCCAAAAUGCAUGAGGUUCUCCAAUCCCAGAUCGCCGCAGAGGAACAAUGCGCCUCUCUCCUCCAACACUUCGCAACUGAUGCUUCAAGUAAUGCAGAUUUGGUCUUAAAGGCAGCAGAGGAACUCUCUUCCACGGAAACAGACAAAUGGCUUUCAUCAACUGAAGCCUUGGAAGCCAAGAAGAUGGAAUUGGAAAUUGAAUCGCAUAUAAUUGGUGAUGCAGGGCUUGUCUUAAACAGUUCCAUUGAGACUUCAGUGGAGGAUGACAAGAGAGAGAAAGAAUCUCUCUGUAAGAAAAAGGAAACUCUUAUGGACGAACUGGAGAAACUUCUAGCAUUGGUGAGAGAGAAGGAACAGGAGAUUGCACAAAAUGAUCGUGACAUCCAACAAGUUGAGGAAAAGAUUGCUAAUGUUCUCUCCGGCUUCGGGGAGAUGCAAUCCACUAUUCAGGCCAAGUCUAGUAACUUGCAAGAAGCCCUUUCCCAGAUACAGUUGGAGAGUGAAGCUCUGUCAACAAAAAAGACAGAAAUUGAUGCUGUCCUUACUCAGGAGCAAGAGAGGGGAGCAAAGUUGAGGGAACUGGCCAGGGUUUCUGCAGAGGAAGCAGAGUCAUACCAACAAGUUGCUGCUCUUAGAAAGAGUCUAAUGUCCUCUAUUUUGAAGUCCAGGGAAGAUAAGGUCAGACUAGCAAAGACAGAGGAAAAGCUUUCCGAGGAUGUUCAAAAGCUCCAACAGGAUGUUUCUGCAGCAAGAACUUCACUUCAGGAACUGUCUUCAAGAAAGUCAAGCAUUCAGCAAGAUAUAGCAUCCUCUAAGCAGAAAAUUAUUUUCAUAGAUAAAAGAAUCCCAGAGCUGGAAGCAGAAAAGAAAGUUGCUGCUACUGCAAGAAAUUUCAAAGAAGCUGCACGAAUAGCUGCCGAGGCCAAGUCAUUGAAUGUUGAAAAGGAUGGUAUACAGAUUGACAUGGAAAAGGCCAUCUCAGAGCUUGAGAAGCUUGAGGAAGAGAUUAAAGAGACUGUCAACAGAUUGCAGGAGACUGAGGGGCACAUUUUGUCCAAGGAAAAAGAGGUAGCAACGGCCAGGUUUCAAAGGUUGCUACUGGUAUCUGGUAUUGCUAAAGCAGAAAGAGAAGCUGCUUUGGAGUUGGGUGAUCUUGAAGAAGCUAACCUGCUGCUUGCAGAGGCUGAAGCAGCAGACUCUGAAGCCAAGGAACUUGAACCUAUAUACAACUUCAAAUUGGAAGAGACUGAAAGUCUACCAAAGCACUUUAUGUCUAUGGUGCUCAUAUCCAAUCUUGGGAGGAAGCAGUUGGAAGAAUUGGCAGCAUCUGUUCAAGUUUCUUCAGCAUGACAAGUAGAAGAGCAAGAUUGAGUUAAUUUAUUUAACGAUGCUUGCGAUAUUGGGAUCCACAAGUUGAAGAGGAUUCCGAUAUUGAAUGACAGAGAAGGUGGAGCAGCGUAAGAACUUCGUUCCACAGGCAAUAUCCAUCAAUUGGGAUUGUGUUUUCCCUUCAGCCAUGUGGUUACUUCCUUGGACGCCUAAGAACGCACUUUCCUCAUCUUAAUGAUGAAAGGUUUGGACUCCCUACCCCACAAUUCAUGUUCCCUUGAGCUGUGUCUUGUCAGUAGUCGGGAGAAAUCCAGCCUCCAACCUCCAACCUCCACCCUACAUUUUUUUUCCUCUUUUUUUUUUUCUGUAUAAUUUAAAAAUGAGGAAGUCUUCAACAUUUUCAGUGCAUAGAGCAAUUUUGUGCUGCAUAAUUUUGUGUACCAUACUAUGUUUAUUGGCCCUUACAGUGUAAUUGGAGUUUUUCUUGGUAGCUGCA